AUGGGUAGCCCGGUUUCAGGCUUACUGUGCGAGAUGGUAAUAAGAUCUCUGGAAAAUAGCGUACUGCAGAAGUAUGAAGAUAAAAUGAUAAUGUAUGCAAGGUACGUCGACGACGUAUUGAUUAUUUGGAAUGAUAAACCAGACAUACGACAAUUUAUUAGAGAUAUAAACAACAAUAAGUAUGGCUUGGAAUUAGAACUAGAGCAGCAAGAUCAAAAAAGAGUACACUUCUUGGAUAUAGAGGUCGAAAUAGAUGAUAAAGAGCAAAUUGUUACAAAAGUGUAUAGAAAACCGACGUACGUUCCGGAUUUGAUACCAUGGUCCUCGCAUGACCCAACAAACUACAAACUAGCAGCGUUUAGAGCACUUAUUAAACGAGCAUACACUCAUUGUAGCAGGAUGUAUGACACACGUAAAGAACUUGAUUACAUUGCAAAAUUAGCAAGAGAUGUAGGACUUAAGCAAAGUAAAGUAAAAGCCUUAAUACAAGAAGCGGAAAAAGGAUGCAAUAAGACUAAAGAUAAGAAAGAAAAAAAGGAGUUCACCGUAAUGGAAUACAGAGCACCGUUAAGUGGCAUAUACAGAAAAAUAGGAGUAGAGAGCAAAAAGAAAAUAGCAUAUAAGAGAAACACGACAAUAUUCCAAAUGCUAAGAAAUGACAAAACACCAAUAGACAGGAGGCUAGUUCCAGGUGUGUACAGAAUACCGUUGCAUGAUAAAAGGCUAAAGAAAGAGUUAUAUUAUAUAGGAGCCACAAAGAGAUCAUUAAGAGAAAGAUUGAAGGAGCACGAAAAAAAUAUAAGAUCUAAACAACCGAUCACGGCUUUGGCCAAUUAUGCUAUCGCGGAUCCUGCAGAGAUUACAAUCGAAUGGAGCAAGGCGGAUAUUGUACAAAAGAUCGAUAAUAUACGACAUCUAAAGUAUGCAGAGGCAUGGCACAUUUAUAAAUACAGAGAAAAGGGGCUUAAUAUAAAUUUUCGAGAGUCAAGUAGAAUAGCAACGGCAUGGAGAGCGGCGGCAUUAUAA